AUGGCGUUCAUGGUGAAGACCAUAGUGGGCGGCCAGCUGAAGGACCUCACUGGGAGCCUGGGUGGCGGCGAAGACAAGGGGGACGAGGACAAGUCAGCGGCCCAAGCGCAGGGCAUGAGCCGAGAGGAGUAUGAGGAGUAUCAGGAGCAACUGGUGGAAGAGAAGAUGGAGCGGGAUGCGCAGUUCACACAGAAGAAGGCAGAGCGGGCCACACUACGGAGCCACUUCCGAGACAAAUACCGGCUGCCCAAGAACGAGACAGAUGAGAGCCAGAUCCAGAUGGCAGGUGGAGAUGUGGAGUUGCCCCGAGAGCUGGCCAAGAUGAUUGAGGAGGACACAGAGGAGGAAGAGAGGGCCUCAGUCCUUGGGCAGCUGGCCAGCCUUCCUGGCUUAGACCUUGGCUCCCUCAAGGACAAGGCCCAGGCCACACUGGGGGAUCUCAAGCAAUCAGCUGAGAAGUGCUCCAUCAUGUGA